GAGUUAUGAUUUCAACGCGAACAUGACACGUUUCGGUGUAGAAACCAAAUAGUCAUAACAUUGUUUAGACACGGCAAAAUGGGGCAGUGAGAUUAUGACAAGGACUUAAGUAUUUUUGAAGUUUAUCGAAAUGCAAAGUGAAAAGACUGGAAGUAGCGGUACCGGUGUUCGGAAAGCUCUUAGGACCCCUAAGUGUGCGAGGUGCCGAAACCACGGGGUGAUCUCUUGCCUGAAGGGCCACAAGCGACUAUGUCGGUGGCGCGAUUGUCGCUGCCCUGGCUGCCUGCUUGUAUUAGAGAGGCAACGAGUAAUGGCUGCACAGGUGGCGUUGAGACGUCAGCAAGGUGAACGCAGCAGGGAGCCGGAUGACGCGGAAGCUGCGGCUCUGGCGGCCCGGAAGCGCGCCUACCGCGCGCGGUUGCGAUGCAUGCAAAUGGCUACAGCAUACAAUGCACACACACCAAUUUAUGCAGGUAACGUGAGAGUAGUGGGAGACCCGGCGUGGAGCGAGCGCGUCCGCCGCCGGCGUGCGUUCGCAGACGUGGAGCUCGAACGCGGCCCACCAGCGCCACCUGCCGCCGGCUCUGCGCCUGCGCCGGCCGCCCUACUUUGCCGGCACUUGCUCGCUGCUAUACUCACUAACUUCACACCUACGCCGACGCAGACUCAACCACAGAAGCUGUCCUUCUCCAUUGAAUCCAUAAUAGGAGUAAAAUAACUCAACGCGAUUGAAUCGCUUCUUCCUCGUAGUCAAAUUAGUUUGUCCAACAGGAAUAUAUUUUCCAGGUGGUCAAAUCGUCCACGUGGUCUAACUGGGUAGUCAAACUAAUUUGCAAUUUUUCCAGUUGGUCAAACUUUUUGGAAUGGUUUCUUUUUAUAUUUGGCAUAUAACUAAACGUCAGUUUAUCUAGAAAAUGAUCAAUACUUAUUUAGUUCCAAAAUUAAGUUGUGUUUCCUAAUAGAAUUUUACGCUUGACUGUAUUUUCCGCCAUCAAAGACAAUUUCACUAUCUGGAGGAAUUAUUCCUGUUGGACAAAUUAGUUUGACUAGAGAAUUUGUCCACGUGGCCGAAGCGGAUUGAAUAUAUUUUUAUCCUCUAUCUAUAUAUAUUCAUGACUCGGCUGAGUCUGCCUGCACUGUGCCCCUCGCAGAUUACCAAGAUUUAUAUAUUCGGUCAAUUAGACCGUGAUAGCGUGGGAUUGGCAAUAGAUCGAGUUGAACAAACAGAUCUGUUAAAAACUUCACUAACUUACAACUAUGAUAACUUAAAACAGAUUUUAAAAUCAGAUAUAACAAACAUUUCUAUUCAAAUAAUUAGAAUUAUGUAGAAUCUCUGGAAUAAGUGUCUUGACUUUACAGUAAUUUGUACUGGACUGCAUUAGUCUAAUCUGGAAAAGAAGGGUCUUAGAGAAGCUGUAUUAUAAAAUAAAACAAAUAAUUCGAACAAUGAGUGCUUUAUUAA